CCUGCAAAUUUCCAAUCGAUAACUGCGACGUGAAGCUGGGUCCCAGCAGAGGCCUGGAGGUUCUGCGCUCUCGGGUGGGGCGCGCACUUUCCGCGUGUUCUCCGGAACUGGACCAGAGCCAGUAGAGCUGUCAGACAGAUUUUCUUCAUAUGACCAAGAAGAUGGCCAUCCAUACCCUAACCUGACAUAUCCCCAGUUCAGAAACCUCAAGGAGGAGAGCUUCUUUUCCCCACAACCUACAUAUUAAUAUCAUAUACAAUUGCCAUAUGAAGUUGAAUAUGGCAGAAGAAGAGGAUUAUAUGUCUGAUUCCUUCAUUAAUGUCCAAGAAGAUGUCAGACCAGGAUUACCAAUGCUGAGGCAAAUCCGAGAAGCCCGUCGAAAAGAAGAAAAGCAACAGGAAGCAAAUUUGAAAAAUAGGCAGAAGAGUUUAAAAGAAGAAGAACAAGAAAGACGUGACAUUGGGCUGAAGAAUGCACUAGGCUGUGAAAACAAAGGGUUUGCUUUGCUCCAAAAGAUGGGAUAUAAAAGUGGUCAGGCUCUUGGCAAGAGUGGAGAUGGUAUUGUUGAACCAAUUCCUCUCAAUGUCAAAACAGGGAAAAGUGGCAUUGGUCACGAGGCGUUAUUGAAACGGAAAGCAGAGGAAAAAUUAGAAAGCUACAGGAGGAAGAUUCACAUGAAAAGCCAAGCUGAAGAGAAAGCUGCAGAGCAGUUUCGAAUGCGUCUUAAAACUAAGCAAGAUGAAAUGAAGCUGGAAGGAGAUCUCAGAAGAAGCCAGCGAGCCUGUCAGCAGCUGGAUGCCCAGAAGAACAUUCAGGUUCCCAGGGAGGCAUGGUACUGGUUGAGGCUUGAGGAGGAGACUGAGGAAGAGGAAGAAGAAGAAAAAGAAGACGAAGAUGAAUAUAAGAGUGAAGAUUUAAGUGUCCUGGAAAAAUUACAAAUAUUGACUAGUUAUUUAAGACAAGAGCAUCUGUAUUGUAUUUGGUGUGGAACAGCCUAUGAAGAUAAAGAAGACCUAUCUUCAAAUUGCCCAGGACCAACUUCUGCAGAUCAUGAUUAAGAUUAUUUCCAAUAAAGUGGAACCUAUAAAAUGUUA